CCCACCCAUCACUCUCCGCCAGUCCUCUUGACGCCCGCACCUGCCCCAACGUCAGCCCGCCACACCACCCACAAUGGCUCCUCCUUUCGAUGGAAAAUUCCUCCUGGACACCUCCGAGAACUUCGAGGAGUUCAUGAAGGCACUUGGUGUUGGAAUCAUGCUGAGGAAGCUUGGCUCCAGCAGCAAGCCCACCGUGGAAUUCUCUGUGGGUGAGGAUGACACGUGGACCAUGAAGACCAUCUCCCUCAAGACCACCGAAGUCAAAUUCAAGCUGGGAGAAGAAAUUACCGAAACCACACUUGACGGCCGGGAAUGCAAGACGGUAUUCACACUGGAUGGCCAUAAGCUGACCCAAAUGCAAAAUGCGCAAAAGGGCAAGAGCGCGAAGUACGUGAGGGAAUUCAACGAUAAUGAGAUGAUCACGAUAGCGGAGUGUGACGGCGUGGUGUCGAAGCGUACCUACAAGCGGCAGUAAGCUCACCAACACCUGAGUCACAGCAAGCUUAAUGAAACACCAGCUGGAGUCAGUAAUAAUAAUCAAAUGCCAACUUCUACUAUUCCUUAUAUUACUACUCAUCAUCAAAAUGCCAUCCUCAAGGACAAUACAUUAUCAACAGUUUGCUCUUUUUUGUAGUAUGAAGGAUAAAAUAUAAUUCUAAAAUGUA